GAAACCCUAGAAGGCUUCACCGACCCAACAACGCUAAGAAGAAGCAGUUUCCGACACAAGCAAACCAAACCUCGGAAAAUGUCAGGAGCAGGACCUGUCUCGCAGGAUUGGGAACCAGUGGUGCUCCGCAAGAAAGCUCCCACCGCCGCCGCCCGCAAGGACGAGAAAGCCGUCAACGCCGCCCGCCGCACCGGCGCCGAAAUCGAUACCAUCAAAAAAUAUAAUGCUGGAAUGAACAAAUCUGCUUCUAGUAGCACUUCAUUGAAUACUAAGAGGUUGGAUGAUGAUACAGAGAAUCUAUCUCAUGAUCGGGUACCAACUGAACUCAAGAAAGCUAUAAUGCAGGCUCGGAUGGACAAGAAACUUACACAGUCUCAGCUUGCUCAACUGAUCAAUGAGAAGCCUCAAGUGAUCCAGGAGUAUGAGUCAGGGAAAGCCAUUCCAAACCAGCAGAUAAUUGGCAAGUUGGAGAGAGCCCUUGGUGCCAAACUGCGUGGCAAGAAAUAAGGAAGCAAAUCUAACGCAUAUGUAUCUAGUUUAGGUUUUUAUGUCACUGCCCAGGUUGGUUGCUUUUGCACGCUGAUUAUGUGUGUAUGCAGGAGAGACAACUAGUGUGGCAACCGCACUCUUUUACUUGUUGAAACAUUGUGUAUUCUCAUAAAUAAAGAUGUAUUUUCAGCAUAAAUUUACCUUGGUGCAGUGAUG